AUGGACUCGACCGAGGACUACAAGAAGACGCGCGAGUCAUUUGGCGUCUUUUCUUGGGCGACACAAGCCGUUGCGGUCGGUCGUCCGUCGGCAGCUGUCUUGGGUGCCGUUUUGCUCGUUUGCUGUCGGAAAGUGUUCGCUCGCAAGAAGGCGUUCGUUUUUGUGUCGCAUUCGUUUCAGUCGCUCAUUCUCUUCUUUCUCUCUCUCUCUCUCUCUCUCUCUCUCUCUCUCUCUCUCUCUCUCUAUCUAUCUAUCUAUCUAUCUAUCUAUCUAUCUCUUUGUCUUCUCCUACUCUGUCUAUAUUUUUAUUUCUCUAUUUUCAUUCUCCAACCAGUGGCGACUCUCACGUCACCCAAUCUUUCUCCUGGUCUCUUUUCUUCUUUUCUUCUUCUCUUCUUUGCCAGUCUUGAUUCCGCCAACUUAGUCUCACUCUCUCUAUCUAAUCUUUCUCUCUCCACCCAUAACUAUCUGUCUAUAUCAUAUUCCUUUUCACAAUCUUUUUUUCUUGUAUGCUCAUUUCCGAAAUUUCUCCUCCUCACCCUGUUCUCUCUAAUCAUUUUACUUGUAUGCUCUACAAUAUUUCUCACAUUCUCCUCUUUGACAUUCUCCUCACUUUCUUUCUCUCUCACUAUCUCUCUCUCUCUCUCUCGCUGCCUGUCUCUUUCUAUCUAUCUAUCCCAUAUACCUUGUAAAAUCAAUCUAUGUUCUAUUACACUUCUGACAUUUCUACUCCCUCUCUCUCUCUCUUUCUUGCUAUCUGUCUAUCUAUAUUCUUUUUUUCGUUUUUUUUCCUUUCAUUGCUUGCAUUCCAUAUCUCAUACCUGUAAUUUUCUUUAUCUAUUUACACUCCAUCGGCCUAUCUGUGAAAUUCCUAGUAUUCACAGAAAAUACGAAUAUUCGAUUGUGUUUCUUUUUUUUUUCUUCAUGUUUUAUUGA